AUGCGAGGUAACGUCCGCCUCGCAUUAAUAUGCGUCUCAUCUCUUCUUCUAUUCUCCCUCUAUCUCCUCGAAGCCCAUCUUCAAGACCUAUGCAAUCAAUACCGCGCCGGCGCAUACAUGGUUGCAUGGCUAGACCACAAUGCCGCUUCUACUACACCCACAUACUCAACACCCGGCGACAAAGUCAUAGUCAUGGCCAAGCUGGAAGAAGAACACACAGAAUGGGUGGCUCAGGAGCUCCCAGACUGGCAACGCGCCAUCUAUACAGUCAAUCCAUCCCACCGCCUCGACCCAAACACACUCACUACGCCUUUCAAUAAAGGCCACGAAUCAAUGGCAUACUUUACAUACAUCAUCGACAAUUACGACUCCCUACCCUCGACAAUCGCAUUCCUGCACGCCCACCGUGCAGGCUUCCUCAUGGCCUGGCACGUCGAUGCCCCGCUACACGAUAACGUCCUUGCCAUGCGCAAUCUUCAACUUGACUUCGUCCAGCGCAACGGAUAUGCCAACCUGCGCUGCAAUUGGAAUCCAGGAUGCAAGGGCAAACAUCGCUUCAAUAAGCAUGUCACAGAGCAGAUCUGGUGGGAUGUCUUCGAAGGCACCAGUACCCCACCUUUGAACAUGUCGUCGCCAACGGAAGUCGAAUACCCCGGAACUCGAUAUGCGAAACCGACAGAAAUCGGGGCGGCCUGCUGUGCGCAGUUUGCUGUGUCGAGGGAGCAGGUGCAUUUGAGACCGCGGGAGGAUUAUGUCAAAUUCAGACAGUGGGUUAUGGACACGGAGUUGAGUGAUGCAUCUUCUGGAAGGGUAAUGGAGUUUAUGUGGCAUAUCAUUUUUGGCAUGGAUGGUGUUUAUUGUCCUGAUGAACAGAUUUGCUACUGUCAGGUUUAUGGGCAGUGCUAG